ACAGUAUAAAAAGUCAAACCCCACCAAGGCCAACGGUUAAGAUCGCCCAAAGCCCCUCUACUAAUCUCUGAACCAUCAUUCCAUCUAAAUCGCGCCUUUGUUGGAUUUGAACGUGGAAAUUGAAACGUGAAUGACUGAAACAAAUAAGCUGCAGGUCCGCUCUUCUACAAAGGCUGGUACCACCUCUUCUACCAAUACAACCCGGACUCCGCCGUGUGGGGCAACAUUACAUGGGGCCAUGCUGUCUCCCGCGAUCUCAUUCAUUGGCUCUAUCUCCCUUUGGCCAUGGUCCCCGACCACUGGUACGACAUGAACGGCGUAUGGACUGGGUCCGCCACAUUCCUCCACGACGGCUCAAUUGUCAUGCUCUACACUGGAUCCACCAACGAGAAGGUCCAGGUCCAGAACCUGGCCUUCCCCGCAGAUCCCUCCGACCCGCUCCUCAUCGAUUGGAUCAAAUAUGAUGGAAAUCCAGUCUUGGUCCCACCCCCUGACAUUGGUCUUCAGGAUUUCCGAGACCCGACUACCGCAUGGUAUGUUGACGGUGCAUGGCGGAUCUCAAUCGGGUCUAAGGUGAACAAAACCGGUAUUGCGCUUGUGUACGAGACGUCAGAUUUCCGGUCCUACAAGCUCCUGGACGGUGUCAUGCAUGCUGUGCCAGGCACGGGGAUGUGGGAGUGCAUCGACUUCUAUCCAGUUUCGACAACGGGGAAGAAUGGGCUGGACACAUCGGCGAGUGGGCCCGGGGUGAAGCAUGUGAUGAAGGCGAGCCUGGACGAUGAUAAGCAUGAUUACUACGCGAUUGGGACAUACGAUGCGGAGAAGAACACGUGGACGCCGGACAACCCAGAGGAGGACGUGGGGAUUGGGUUACGGUGCGACUAUGGGAAGUUCUACGCAUCGAAGACGUUUUACGAUCAGAACAAGGGAAGAAGGAUUUUGUGGGGUUGGAUUGGAGAGACAGAUAACGAGAAGACAGAUUUGGAGAAGGGAUGGGCAGCAGUUCAGACCAUUCCUAGAGUGGUAGUGUUUGAUGAGAAGACAGGGAGCAAUCUGCUCCAAUGGCCGGUUGAGGAGGUUGAGAGCUUGAGACUGAGCAGUAAGGAUUUCAGCGACAUUGAAAUCGAAGCUGGAUCGGUUGUCCCACUCGAUGUCGGCACGGCGACACAGCUGGACAUACUCGCCGAGUUUGAGAUUGAGAGCAAGACAUUGGAGGAGACGGUUGAAGCUGACGUGGGCUACAAUUGCAGCACCAGUGGCGGCGCCGCAGGCAGAGGUCUUUUGGGGCCUUUUGGCCUUCUCGUUAUUGCAGAUGGAAGCCUCACCGAGCAGACCGCCGUGUACUUUUACAUCGGAAAGGGCACCGACGGCAACCUACAGACUUUCUUCUGCCAAGAUGAACUAAGGUCUUCUGAGGCAACAGAUAUUGUCAAAAGAGUAUAUGGCAGCAGCGUUCCUGUCCUCAGCGGCGAGAAGCUGUCCGUGAGAAUACUGGUGGACCAUUCGAUUGUGGAGAGCUUUGCACAAGGAGGGAGAACAUGCAUCACAUCGCGGGUUUAUCCCACGCAGGCUAUCUAUGGUGCAGCCGGAAUCUUCCUCUUCAACAACGCCACCGCAGCCAAUGUUACCGCAGCGUCGAUCAAGAUAUGGCAGAUGAACUCUGCAUUCAUUCACCCUUACCCUGCAUACAACCUUGAAAAAUGAGCAAUUUAUGCAUUUUGACGCACCACCAACAUCUUCUUUCAUUCCCCCUUCCACGCCUUUGGCUUGUUUCGUUCUCUCAUUUUGCCUUCGUCAAGACGCCCUUCGAUGAAUGUGUUUGCUAUAUAUAUA